AUGGCUGCCUUCACCUUUCAACGACCGGCCACCGCAUCUCUCGAGCCUCGCCCGCGCUCUGCGAUCGAGUUCGCGAAGGAUACGUGGAAAUACCUGAGUCAAGAAAUCGACAAGCGUCGUCAACAACCAGAUUCGAAGGCCGAAACAAGUUCAAAGUCUUAUGAGACAGACUCGGAGUCAAUAAUAAGCAAAGCAGAGACACUCGUUGUUGAUGGAGAGAAAACAGUUGUGAAUGUGGGAAAGAAAUGA